UUUUUUUUGACAAUUUUCUCCAGGGGUUUUCGCCGAGGACGCGAAGCCUGUACCCAAAGAACCUCGGAUCGCUUCCCAAUCCAAAUCCUCCCUCCCCUCAGCACCAAUCCCCCAUUUCCUCCAAGAAAAAUCCCUCCUUUCCCGUCUUCUCUGGCGCUCUCGCGCUUCUCCACCGGUCCCUGUUUCGGCCGGAACCGAUCUCCUUCCGGCCGCCUCCGUCGUGGCUCCGGCCGCUGUAGAUGAGCUUUUGUUCUAGAAGAACAGAUUCCUCGAUCCCCGGAUGGUUCUUUCGCCGUUUUCGGUAUCGGGUUUUUGAGAAAUUUCUUAAUUUUCCUUCUAGGGGUUCAAUUCUUUGGUAUGGGCGACCUGCAGGCCUGGGUUCCGCAGUCGAACGGUGCGGCCGGGGAUGGCAACACCCAGACACCCUCGGCGCAGCAGUCGAACCCCGAGCCGUCAGCGAUCAGCGCCGAGGGCUGGCAGCAAGCCGAGCAAGCCACCCAGGAGGUGAUACAGUGCAUCCAGCCCACGGUGAUCUCGGAGCAGCGGAGGAGGGUCGUGGUGGAGUAUGUCCAGAAGCUGAUCCAAGGGUAUCUGGCAACCGAGAUAUUUCCAUUUGGAUCAGUUCCACUGAAGACAUAUCUUCCUGAUGGAGAUAUUGACCUGAUUGCACUUGGCAUGCCUAAUUCUGAAGAUGUUUUGGCCAAUGAAGUGCGUUCUGUUCUUGAAGUUGAAGAACAAAACAAGGAUGCUGAGUUUGAAGUGAAGGAUGUGCAAUACAUUCAUGCAGAGGUGAAACUUGUGAAAUGCAUUGUUCAGAAUAUUGUAGUAGAUAUCUCAUUCAAUCAGAUUGGUGGACUCUGUACGCUUUGCUUUCUUGAGCAGGUUGACAACCAAAUUGGAAGAGAUCAUCUAUUCAAGCGUAGCAUAAUACUGAUCAAAGCUUGGUGUUAUUAUGAAAGUCGCAUUCUUGGCGCUCAUCAUGGUUUAAUUUCUACAUAUGCAUUGGAAACUUUAGUGUUGUACAUCUUCCAUCUCUUCCAUAAAUCGUUGGAUGGCCCUUUAGUGGUUCUGUAUAGGUUUUUGGAUUAUUACAGCAAAUUUGACUGGGAUAACUAUUGCAUCAGUUUACACGGUCCAAUUCCUAUUUCUUCCCUUCCAGAGUUAGUGGCCGAGCCACCAGAAACUCACGAGAGUGAUUCACUGCUUAGUAAGGACUUUCUCAAAAAAUGUGUGGACAUGUUCUCAGUUCCCUUAAGGGGAUUAGAGAACAACUCUAGAACUUUUUCCCAGAAGCAUCUAAAUAUAGUUGAUCCACUGAAAGAGAACAACAAUCUUGGACGGAGCAUUAGCAAAGGUAACUCUUACCGCAUACGUAGUGCAUUUACAUAUGGGGCGCGAAAGCUUGGGAGGAUACUUCUGCUACCUCCUGAAAAUAUGGCAGAUCAGGUUACAAUGUUCUUCACAAACACACUAGAGAGACAUGGAAGUGGUGACAGGCCUGAUGUGCAAGGUGUAUUUCCCAGUCAUUCAGACAGUACCACAAUUGAUCAUGAUGGUCUUGGCUCUAUGUCAUCAGGCUUGAAGGUUGAAAAAUGCCACAAAAAUAAGUUAAUUUCAGGUUCAGCAACCACUAAUUCCUAUGAGCCACUGUCUGAGAAAAUUAAUAACAUCAAGAUUUCAGUCUUAGAGAAGGAGAAUGGAACCAGCACACAAGUAAGCAGACAUCCCUUGAAUCAACAUCUGGACACAGAUUGGCUGCAGAAGUGUCCCAAGACAGUACCAAAUAACACCAUGGAGGGCAAUGUUGUUUCAGGUAAACGUUUGGCUGGUGAUGCCAGAGAUCAUGCUACCAGAAGAGCCUCCGAUUUGAGAGCUGUGAAUGAAAAUUAUAAGGAUUCACCAUCAAGUAGUGAAACAGGUUCCUCACCAUCUGGAAAAGCUUAUCAUGCACCCCAUCUAUUCUUUCGUCCAGAAAAUGGUGCUCAAGGGGAGGCAAUUGAUCAAGCAAAUUCAACAAAUCAUGGUGCAAUGAACAAAGCGUUUACAACCAGGGCUCCAGCCCCUGAUGAGGAAUUUAUACGGUCAGACUUCUAUGAGACUGAGUCAUCAAGAAGUGGCAGAAGCAAUGUAGUUUCUAUGUCUGCUGGUUCAGUUGAUGGACCUCUGAAAUCAAGUUGCAAUACUUAUUUAUCAGAAGAUUCACAUCUGGCAGACCACUUGAUGGCAAGAAAUCAGAGAAUUGGAAAUAACAGAAGUCCAAAGUUGAAUGACUUAUCAGAUCUCGCUGGGGAUUAUGACAUGCAUAUUAGAAAUCUUCUAUAUGUGCAGGAAUGCCAAGAGUUCUUUAUGGGUGCUUCAUUUAUUCCACUUCAACAACUGCCCCCUUCCCAUUACCAUAACAAAAAUUCAUGGAAUACCUUCCAUCGACGGAAUACGUACACACAUAUGGGUGCAAAUGGGGCAAUCCCUGGGCCACCAUUUUCUCCUCCUGGUUGUUACCUGAUAAAUUCACCCAUAAUGUCUAGUGCAUAUGGCAUGGAAGAUCUCCCAAAACCAAGAGGAACAGGGACAUACUUUCCCAACAUGAGCUUCCGUUCAUACCGAGAAAGGCAGUCACCCAGAGGAAGGAAUUCAGCGCUUGCAAAUCACCAGCCAAGAUCCCGCAACAAUGGCCGAGUGGAAACAUCAACUGACAUGAACUUAUCAGAGGAGAGCAGUCAGGAACCCCCAUUACAGGCACAAGUUCCCAUCUUUAGUGGAAAUGGACGUGGGAAGCCAGCCCCCUUGGACGUAUCCCAGUUUCCACGUACUACUGCCUCAAGAGGUGGCUCCCAUGUUAAUGGGUUUGUAUAUCCACCAGAAGGAAAACUUGCAUUUGGAUCCUUUGGUGUUGUUCCAGUAGAAGUGUCCUCGCCGGAACGAGGCAGCAGAGUGGAAUCUUAUGGUACUCAGGGAUGUGGAUCAGCAAUCCCUGUUUCAACAGAGCAGAGACCUCAAAUGGGCAGAAAUCAUGAAAGGCCAACUCAACCAUAUCAGCUGAAAGAUGAAGUCGACUUCCCCCCUCUAGCCAGCUGAGCGUAGUGGAGUGUUUUUUACCCUGACAUGAAAUAUCAUAGGAAGAAGCAAAACAAAGAAAUGCUAAACGGUUGGAGAUACUUGCUGGAGCAGCAUCCUGGAGGUGUACAAAGGAGUAUUUCUCUGAUUGUUGUGAUGCAUUAGCAUUUUGUACAUUGUAAUAAUUUUUUGUUUUCUUAACCCUCAAGCCCACCCCAUCAAGGUGGCUGUAAACAGGUUGCCAAAUUUUUACCCUUUCUAGUUGAGCUUCAACCCCUUGCAGGCGGUGAAAACGCUAAUGUUUGAUAUCUGUUUGUUGUUGGAAUAGAUAAUCUUCUUGGAGAAAUCUGAGUGAUGAGUUCCUAUCA